AUGGACAUCCUUGAGACAGAUGCCUAUGACAGGCGGAAGAGGAGAAAUACGUCCUGUGCUCUCUUCUUUUCUCUCUUGCCUUUCUUUUUGUCCAUAGCCGUGUACUUCCACCUGUGGACCCCUGACUUGCCCGCGUCCAUCACGUCCGCAGGUGUCAAAUCUGCACCAACGCUCCUAUUGGCUGCAGUAGUGUUGAGUUGGAACAGAGGUCAAGGCAUCCUGGGUGUAGCAGGAGGACUGCUCUUCUCUGCUGUUGGUGACUGCUGCCUUGUAUGGCCUGAGCUUUUUCUGCAUGGAAUGGGUGCGUUUGCUGUGGCUCAUCUGCUGUACUCACUCACCUUCCUCUCCAGUCGUUAUGCAGCAUAUCCCUCUUCCUCCUGGAUUCGUUUUUUCUAUCUGAUCCUGUUUACGCUGGGAGGAGGUUUUUACAUCUACCUAUACCCAUUCCUGCAGAAGGCGCCAAACUCAGAUAUACUAAUUCCAAGUGUGGGGGUCUACUUUGUCCUAAUUAUUCUAAUGGGGACAUUAGCCAUCAGAACCCGACAUGCAGCAACUCUGUUAGGAAGUCUGUUCUUCAUGGUGUCUGACCUGUCACUGGCUCUGCAAGUUUUCAAGGUGAUUGCACCAAUGAAGCAUGGUCACAGUGUUGUCAUGGUGACCUAUUAUCUGGCACAGCUACUAAUAGCUGUGGGUGAUGUAAAGGCAGUGGAGAGUACGGAUGACUUUGCAAAAUGGAAGAGGUCCUAA